AUGCUGCAAAGAUUUUAUGACCCAGUGGAAGGCGAGGUACUAAUUGAAGGUGAAAAUAUAAAGAAUCUCGACCUUAAAGCUUACCGGAAUCAGAUUGGAUGUGUACAACAAGAACCAAUACUUUAUGAAGGAACUAUCAGUGAUAAUAUUAGAUUAGGAAAACUGGAUGCAACACAAGAAGAGAUAGAAGAAGCAGCAAAAUUAGCCAAUGCUCAUGAUUUUAUAAAAAAUCUUCCUGAUGCAUAUGAAACUUUUGUAGGUGAACGAGGUGGUGGAAUGUCAGGUGGUCAAAAACAACGUAUUGCUAUAGCCAGAGCAUUGAUAAGAAAGCCAAAACUAUUACUGUUAGAUGAGGCAACAUCAGCUCUUGAUACAAAAUCAGAAAAUAUUGUUCAAAAAGCUUUGGAUAAAGCAAGUGAAGGCAGAACUUGUGUAGUUGUCGCUCAUCGGUUAACUACAGUUCGUAAUGCAAAUUUAAUAAUUGUACUUGAUAAAGGAGUAGUUCGUGAAUCUGGUACUCAUGAUGAACUUGUGGCUAAGAAAGGCCUCUAUGCUACAAUGCUGAAUAAUCAGGGUAUAUCUGAAAAAGCUGAAAAUGAGGACCUCGAGGCUACUGAAGACGACAGUCUUGAAAACGAUUUACCGAAGAGACCUGAAAAUGUUUGGAGACUUGAAGAUGACCAUGAUAAUUUAUCGGAGAGUACUGGAAGCCUACCUAAUAGAAGCUUCUCGCACAGUUCAAUGGUUACACUGACACGUAAUAAACUGAAAAGAUUGAAAAAAUCAGCCACAUUCCGAGUAUUAAAGCUCAACAGGCCUGAAUUACCACUAAUAAUUGCAGGAUGCUUUUGUUGUCUUGUAAGCGGAACCUCACAGCCUGCAUUUGCAAUUCUCUAUUCUGAGGUUUACGAUAUUUUUACUUUGAGGUCGAAUCCAGAUCGGAUGUAUAGCCGUAUUAGUCUUAUUAGUGGAAUGAUGGUACUACUUGGCGUUUUACGGUUUUUAGCUAAUCUAGGCCAGGGAUAUCUAUUCGGGAAAUCAGGUGGUAUACUAAUCCGACGGAUACGUUCCAUGGUUUUUGAUGCAAUGUUACAUCAAGAGAUUGCAUGGUUUGAUGAACCUGAUAAUCAGGCAGGAGCAUUAACUGCAAAACUUGCUACAGAUGCCUCAAAAGUGUCAAUGAUUUCAGGUUCACAAAUGGGAUUUCUUGUUGAAUCGUUAUCUUUGAUAAUUAUGUCACUUGUCAUUGCAUUUAUUUACAGUUGGCAGUUGACACUUCUUAUACUAGCCUUCUAUCCAUUUAUUGUUAUUGGAGGAGUUUUUCAGAUGCAAGCAAUGUCAGGAAAAGGUGACGACAAAAAGGCCAACAAUUCAAUGAGAGUAGCACAAGAAGCCAUAGGAUCAAAUCGUACACUCACUACACUUACACUCGAAGAUUACUUUUGUGAAAUUUUUAAAUCUUAUGCAGUUGAGAACUAUAAAAAGAAUUUGAAGAAGUCGAUUUUAUAUGCACUGAUGUAUGCGCUUGCUGAGUCCGUACAAAUGUUUUCAUUUGCCGCCGCAUUCGCACUUGGUGCAUAUUUGGUGUCAACAAAUACAAUAACGAUACUGGCUGUAUUCCGGGUCUUCGCAACUAUCACUAUGAGUGCACAGUCUCUUGGCCGUUCAGCGUCAGUAUUUCUAGAUGCUAAAUCGGCUAAAGUUGCUGCAGAAAGUAUUUUAACCCUUCUAGACAGACAACCACAUAUUUUAACUAACUCAGGGAUUAUUCCAACGGCUCCAUUCAAAGGGAAAAUUUCAUUUAAACAUGUUUAUUUCAAAUAUUCUAACCGAUCUGAAAAACCAGUGCUAAAGAAUUUUUCACAUACUGUUGAACCUGGUCAAUCAGUAGCGUUGGUUGGACAUUCUGGAUGCGGAAAGUCAACUUUAUUACAGUUGGUAUUACGAUUCUAUGAUCCAUCAUAUCAUGGUCCUGAUAGUGGAGUAUUCUUUGACGAUUUAAAUAUUAGAAAUCUUUCACCAAGUUGGGUUAGGCAACAAAUUGGUCUUGUAUCUCAAGAACCAACUUUAUUUGACCUGACAAUAAGGGAAAAUAUUGCAUAUGGAGAUAAUACUCGUGAAGUAACAAUGGAUGAAAUUAUCGAAGCAGCACGUGCAGCCAAUAUUCAUGAAUUUAUAUCAACACUACCAAAUCAAUAUGAAACAAUUGUUGGGCAACGUGGAUCAAAGCUUUCUGGUGGGCAAAAGCAAAGAAUAGCCAUAGCAAGAGCAUUAGUACGCAAACCUGUCUUACUUCUUCUGGACGAAGCCACCUCUGCAUUAGACAAUGAAAGUGAGCGUAUUGUUCAAGAAGCUCUUGAUGCUGCCGUGGGUUCAAGAACAUCACUAGUUGUUGCUCACCGAUUAUCAACUGUUGUCAAUUCUGAUUUAAUUGUAGUUUUACAAGAUGGACGUAAGAUAGAAGCUGGACCACCAGGAGCUUUGUUAGAAAUUAAAGGAGCUUUCUAUGCACUACACCAUAUGGGAAACUAA